AUGCUCCGUCCGACUCAAUGGCAGGUCAACUUUGACCAAUACAUCAACCCUUUUCUGAUACCACCGCCGACGAGGCUCCUACCCGGCAGUGUCCAGCGCCUCCUCGACCGCCAUAGGCGCUCACGACCGCAGCUGGGAAAUGUUGCCCUCGGCUUUUGGGCCUUCAUCGGGGCGCUGGCUUCGCUGUCCCUGAUAUCCAUCAUCGACAGACAUGUGCCGGCCUUCGAGUCAGCCGGAUCACCGCUCGUCAUCGGCAGCUUCGGUGCGGCGGCCGUCCUCGAGUUCUACGCCAUCGACUCGCCACUCUCCCAGCCACGCAAUGCCCUGCUCGGGCAGCUCAUCGCCAGCUCCAUCAGCGUGGCCAUGAACACGGCCUUCUCCCAGCUCUCGGCCGCCCGCUACCAGGACCUUCGCUGGCUUGCUGGCGCCCUGUCCUGCGCGACCUCGAUACUGGUGAUGGCCCUCACCGGGACCAUGCACCCGCCAGCCGGCGCGACGGCACUGCUCGGCGUGACGAGCGACGACGUCUCGGGCAUCGGCUGGUUGCUUGUCCCCAUGGUUGUGUUAAGCGCAGCUGUGAUGUUUGUCGUAGCGUUCAUAGUCAACAACAUCCAGCGGCGGUUCCCGGUGUAUUGGUGGACUCCGGAGGAAGUCGGGUCAUUCUGGGCUCGGCGGCGUAGGGUUCGUGCCGGGAGGGGCACGGAUCCCGAAGCGCUGAAGGACAGGAAUGCAAGCGGUGACUCUGCAGAUCUCGAGCCGUGCAAGACUUCUCACGACGAAGACUGCAGGCUGAUGGUGACGAAACACGGCAUCACGGUGCCGCCGGAGCUAGACCUGCUCCCGGAGGAAAGGGGCCCGCCCCUCCGCCCCUACACCAGCUUAGGCGCGGCCUGGCCCGGGCCCUGGAACGUCGCGGAGGCGGCGCCGACGACGACGAUGAUGGCGGCUACGGGGGCGGCUACAAGAUCCUGGGCGGCACGGCGCACGAGGCAGCAGCAGCAGCAGGCUCGGCGCCGGCUCGACCCGCCGCCCGAGAUGAACCUAACGGCGUUUCAGGAGCACAUGGCCUUCAGCUACUUCUUUGCAACCUACGGCUGGGCCUACUUCUGGAAGCCGUUCCUCUCCCUAGCGAGGGAGACGGACCUUGCCCCCACGGCGAGCCGCAUGUGUAGUCUGGCCCUGGCCUACGGGCACAUGGGCACCGGCAACUCGGACAAGGGCCUCAAGUCCAUGGGCCUCGAGCUGUACGGCCGCAGCCUGAGGGAGGUCCAGUCCCUGCUGACCCGAGGCCCUGGGGCCAAGACAGAGCUCGCCCAACUGUGUGUGCCCAUUGUGAUACUGGGCAUGUACUCUUUUGCCAUCGACCGUGACCUACGGUUGAUACAUAAUAUCGGCGUGGCCCAGAUCCUUAAGCACUGUGGACCAGAGGCUUUCCAGGAGGAUCCUCUGCUGACUGCGUUCAGGUCAUGCAGGGCUUUGCUGAUUUGUCAGUCCUUUGCAAUCCGUCGGAGGACGUUCCUCGAGGACAAGAAAUGGAAGAACGUGCCGUGGGAGAAGCUGCCCAAGACGGCGCUGGACAGUCUCAUCGACAUCAUGGCUGACAUGCCGGGGCUGGUGAACGACAUGGCCGCUUCUGAGCAGCCAAUAUCCCCCACAACCAGGGCCUCGUUCCACGAAAAGGUCGGUGAACUGCGGGAGCAACUGGGAACCUGGCGGUGGAAAUGGGACAGAAAAUACCCCAACGUGGCCCGCGAAGUCCCAUCCAACCUCAAACUCGACAGCAUCGAGACUCCCGUCUUCAGGGAACAGCUCGCCACCAUGAUCGAAUUCAACACCACCCAGCAGGCCCUCGAGAUGCUGACAUACAACGCCGCCCUCCUCUACCUCCUCCAGCUAGAGGACCUCCUCGAGAUGGGCGAGCCGCACAACCCCUCGCGCCUGUCGGACGACGACAUGGACUACAUCCGCCACGCCGCCGCCCGGCACCCGUCGACGCCCCUGCUGCUCCCCGACGAGGCCAGGUUCAUCUGCCAGCCGGCGCUCGAGGCGUUCCGGCUGAUCCCCUCGCUGUACAAGAACCUGGUCACUACCAAGGACCGCAUCAUGGUCAUCCUCGCCCCGCUGGGCAUCGUCUAUACUUCGACCCGCAACACCCCGGAGCUCAACAGCUGCAUGCAGUCCAUCCUCGAGGACAUCCCCUUCUUCGGCGGCGGGCCCCCCAGGGAGCUGGAGGUGUACGAGCUCGCCCUGGGCGAGGCGUGGAAGUCCAAGGUGCCGGAGCCCAUCCCGGCCGGCACGAGCCCGACCGUUUCGGAGAUCACGGUCGAGCUUGCUAUUUCCCCAUAG